AUCUGUUGACUUUUUACUGUCUGCUGUAGGCUUAGGUCUGAUAAACAGUUUCAAAGUUAUUUUUAAUUAUUAUUUUUGCUGUUGUCGUCGUUUGAAAACGUUUCCAUCCUCCAGCCUUGCAUCCUCACACAACCAUGAGGACCAUAGUGAUCUCUGUCGCCAUGGUGAUGAUGUGCGUGAUGAUGGUGCACAUGGUGAACGUGAAGCCGCAAAAAGAUUUCGACUUGCAGAAGUUUGCAGGUAAAUGGUACCGAGUGGGGCUCGCCUACGAUUCUCCAGGAUUCGUCCCUUUAAGAGACAAAGUGAAGAUCUCCAAGGGCAUCGUGACAAUACUGCCCAACGGCAACGUCAACCUCACAAUGUGGGAAGCCCUAGGUGGGGCAUGCCUGCAUAAAGUUUACCAGUAUAACAAGACAAGCGUACCUGGAGAGUUCAUCUACUUCAGCACCCGCCAUAACAUGGUGAAAGACAUCACAGUGGUGGACACAAACUACUCUGAAUAUGCUGUGGUUCUCAAGUACAAGAAUUUUAACAGGGAAUACACACAGGUGGCGCUUUACGGUCGAUUACCGAGACCCAAAAUACCUGUGAUCCAGAAGUUUAAAGCCUUUGCUUUGUCCCGGGGUUUCCCCAGAACAUCUAUUCUGACUCCUCCUGCAGCAGAGAACUGCCCACCAUCGUGAUGUGGACAUUAGGUUUUGUCUCAGACGAAGCUGAAAUAAUGUAUUCCGAUGUACUGCUUUACCCUUUAGUCCCAGAAAGUAAUAUUAGUUAGUCAAUAUUAAUGAUGCAAUAUAUACCUGUUUUCACACUUUUAGUUGUCUAAUUAAAAUUAAUUACUUACUUUUUUGUUUUUUCUAUAAUUGUUUUUUGAGAUUAGACUAUAGUAUAUGAAAAAUGUUACCUUUUUUUGAAAAGUUAACAGUUUCCUUAACUCUUCACGAAAUGUUCACCCAAUGCUUUUGUGAAUGUGUUCACAUUGCAAAAGAUUGUUUAUACACAGCAUCUUUUUAGUCUCAUGUGUCUUUUCUACUCUCGUGAUGUUUCUUGCAUGCUCCAAAUAUGUUUGCCAAAAACACCAAUCAUUUAAUCCCUUUUUGGAUUUUAACCCUGGAAAUAGGGCUGGUCAGUAUAUUGCAAUUUUUAAAAAAUAUUGAGGGUUUUUUUUUUUAAAGGAGGUAUAAAACGAGAUUAUAUUGUUUAUAUCAAGAGGGUUUAUGUCACACUGUAAUUAUACUUUUAUGUGUUCCAGCAGGUUCUUUUUCAGCUUUUUCUCAUAUUUAUCUGCAGCUGUUUGUUAAAAAUGUGGCUGUUGGACAUUUGGGACAAAGUGUUGAUUUAGAGAUUCCUUUUUAUAAUUACUUUAUGAAAAGAAAAAUAUAAAUAAAUAUAAAUAGAUAAAUAUCAUAUACUGUAUUGGUAUUCAGCCUAAAAAUAUUGAGAUAUUAUUUUUGGUCGCCCAGCUCUACCUGGAAGCGUUUGAUUGCUAUGUUCCUCAGCUCUAGAAGCAGCAGCAUGAAAGGCUGAGAUUGGCACAAUCUGUCAUUUAGAUUGCAAUUUAAAACAUUCGUUUCUUGCAGCUUACAUAUGUAGGUUAAAGGUUAUUUUAUCAUUUCUAUCAUGUGUUCCCUCUUUAUUUGCUCAAAUUAUAUUAAUAUCGUGGUGCUUUCUUUUACAUGAUUAUGUUUAAAGUUCUUAUGUUUAUGUGCUUUUCUAAGAGCAUAUGAUUAUGUCAGGUGGAUGUUUUCUUUUAGGUUUUAUUGUCAUUAAUUUAGUUCUAGUCCUUUUUUCUUCUUCCUGUAAAGUUCUUCGGAUUACCCUGUGUAUGAAUGGUGUUGUACAAAUAAACCCCCUGAAUAGAAGUUUAAUUAUUUGAAAGUUUUCAUUAUUUAGAACAACGAAAUGACACAAGUUCAUAAUAUUCUAUAAACUAAAUAGUUAAAAGGAGUGGCAUAAUACAAGCAUUAUAGAAGAAUGUCAUGUGAUAGACUACAACUGGAAAACAGUUGAAUAUGUAAUAUGGUAAAAAUGUCAAAUGUCUAUAGUUUUCUUCAAAAUAAAAAGUAAGCAUUAUAAAA